AUGGCCUUCGUCCAAGCCGCAAAAUUGGGACCACAUGCCAACAAGCUGCCGACCGUGCGGCUGCUUUGUGAGACCGUUUGGGGAACUGCAGCCGGAAUGUCACUGUUGUGCAUUGUGACGCGCUUGAGGUCGAGGACGCCGUACCUGAACAGCAGCCUAAUCCCCCACACAAGUGACACCAACCCGACCGCAACCGUCCCGAACAGGAGAUAUCAGUUUGGCAAUACGACAUUAGGGUUUCCAACACAGAUGGUAAUGCAUACCCCAUUGGCUGUGCCCAUUUGCCGUCCCAACGGCUGCUGGGGUUGUAUGGUGACCAUCAACAAGCCCAACCUACAGUCGCACACGUGCACGCACACGGCCUAUUCACAUUUCUCCCUGACCAACAACAGAUCGCCCGUGUCGUACUCUCGAGCCACAAAGUUUUUCCCCAUCCCUCCCAAGUCCCACCCCAGCCUUGUUGCCCAUACAACCCAAGUUGCCCUUGCACGUGCAGCCACCUAUGGAGAACCGACGUGCUACCUCCCCGCCACCAUACCACACCACCCACAAACCGCAAUAACCAACGGGACCGCUCUCUGCCCAGCCUUGCCCCGACACCCCUCCACAAGAAUCACCAUACCAACACCGACCCUGGCCAACUUGCGCCGGAAGUACAACACAAUACACCCUGAACAGAAUCAUAUCAUGUUGAGCGUAGUAGUGCGCCGCGAACUCGUGGGCCUCGCUGAAGCGCCGGGGUAG